GCCAGUCUAUACACAGGACUGUUUAUCACUUGGUCGUUAAAAAAAAAAAAAAAAAUUGCGCCAGCAGCGGCCCCUCGGAGCGCACAAGAGAAAGCAUCCUCCUGUCCACCUCCGCCGCCCCGCAAUGGCCGAAGUCGCCGCCAGUCUCGCCACCAUCUUCGUCGCCGGCGCCGUCGGCCUCAGCAUCGCCAGCUUCGCCGCGAUUCUCACGCGAGGACAGUACCGCUACGGCCGCUCGAUCCGCGGAGACUCGGCGGCGCUGGAGCGGACGAUGGCGCUGAUCCGGCAGGAGGACGUGACCGGCUGCGGGAUGCGGCUCGUGUGCGAGCUGGGGGCGCUGCCCGAACGCGGCGCCCACGAGGACGCCAUCCUGGAGCUCGUCGGGCGUGUUCCCCCGGGGACGGAUCUCCGCGCCGCAGGAGAAACCGCCCUCGGCCAGUACCGGCUCUCGCGGGCGUUGGGCGAGGGCGGCGGCGACUGCGCCCGCGCCUUCCCCCUGUGCCCCUUCAACGGCACGCAGCUCAUGCAGACGGUCUCCGGUUACGUGUCAUAAAGGAUUAUUGACGUCGCUUGGGAGGAACUUCGAUUCUACAUCGUGUGUUUGUCACUGCCAUUUAACUUGUUUAGUACGUCCAGACAUCUCACGGAGCUCCAAGAUCCAUGCCAUGAACUACCUUUCUCAUGACAUGCGAUUACAUGUCAUGAGGUGCUUUUUCCCAUUUGCGCUAUGAAUGUUGUUUUUUUUUUUUCACUGAAUCUUUAUAUAAAGGGACCUUAAUAAAGUAAUAUGAUAUCCUUCCUCACUGACUGCUGGGAGAGGUUACGUUUGGCUUCAUCACUUCUAGAUAUUAAAUGGUUUAUGGAAUAUUUAACAAUGUAUAUAUUUCUCGGUACUACCUUUGACAGCAAUUCCUCUUUUAAAUAAUCUUAAGAAAAAAUUAAGAAAUUAAAUGACACAGACUUGACGUGUCAAAAAAAGGACGCAGUACAUACUCGUGUCAAAAAAAAAAAAAAAAAAAAAAAAAAUUCAAAGUUUUGUGUGGUGUUUUCUACCAUUGCAUCGACACAUUAUAGAGUUUUGCCACUGAAUCAAAGCGUAUGACUGUUACAUAAUUCGAUUACAAAGCAUAGUUCUGACGUUGCUAAUAUAUUGCAAAAUGUGCCAAAAUAGGAUUUGUUACCGAAAUGUUACUUAUAGACUCACUCCCAUGGGUUAUAUAGAGAGCUUUACAUUAUUCUUCGCUUUCAUAAAGUUGCCUGGGCGUAUUUCCUGAUGAAAUGUUCACUAUUUGAUCUGUUCAUUUGUAAGCACACGGAAUGGUUCUGUUUUGUUACUGUUGUUUUAGAAUCAUGUCCUCCAUAGAUGUGUGUGUGGCAUAUUGUUAUUAAUUAUAUGUUAUUGUUUUUA